CACACCGCACUGUGCUCUCUGUUCGUUCUUCUAUUUGCUCUCUAAACGUGCUGCACUUUCUGAGCCGAGAGAGAGAGACACUCCGCCGUUGUGAUCGGACGCGUGCCAGAAUGGGGCGAGGAAACACUGGCGGAAGCUCCGCCGGUGGGAGAGACAAAACCCCUAGAGGCGGCAAGGUGGCGCCGUGGGACAGUGAUGACAUAAUCAAAGAGUUGAAGUUGGAGGUUCCGGACGACCUUCGCUGCAAGAGGACGGACGGCAAGGAAUGGCGCUGCUCAGGCUUUAGGAUAACCGGCAAAAACCUAUGCCAGAAGCAUUUUCUCCAGCCUUACAUCCGCCGCUUAAACCUGGAGAAGAGGGACAACACUGUUCGCUCUCCUCCAACCGCAACCGCUCCUAGGGCUUCCAAAAUCGGCUCUGGAAGUCGUCAAGGGGAUGGCUUUGCUGUUAGUAAGGUUCGGAGGUCGGUUCUGUCGGUCAAGAGGGAGAGAGGGAAGCGAGCCGAGGAGGAGUCGCCGGCGACGGCGUCUGAUGAUGGGAUACCGACGAAGAAGCGGAGAAUAAAGGGGAAUGUAGAGGGAGAGACGGGAAAACCGGUGAGGAACAAGAAGAAAAUCGAGAGUGACGGGGAAGAGGUGGAAAAUAAGGAAGCAAACUUUGAUAAAAUCCCGAUGACCACAAAAGGGCAGAGGACGAAGAGGUAUGGAGUAGGUGUAGAGAGAAAAGGGGAAGGCGAUGAAAGAGUAGAAAAUGCUGAUGAUGAAGUGGAAGAAUCAGAGGACGAGAAGGUUUGUAAAUUGUACAUGAACAGGAAAGAAACUCAUAAGAAUAAACUGCAAGGCCAAAGAAAUAAAAUUGAAAGGAAGCAAAGUGAUAACGAGGAAUUGGAAGAAAAUGAGGGUUCUGAGAGUAAGAGGGUUGAUUCUGAAGAAGAGGAGGAAAAUAAGGGUUCUAAGUGUGAGAGGGUUAGUUCUGAGGAAGAGGAGGAGAAUGUGGGUUCCAAAACAGGUGAAAAAUUGAAACAGGAAGGGGUAGGGGAAACUAAGGAAGAUGAUGGGGACACUGGUGAAAGUGACCCUGGCAAUUUGAAGAGUGUUAAAACAGCAAGGAUAGGCAACAAGGAUGGCAAGAAGGAGUUGAGGUUGGGUAAGGGGAAGGAAGGUAAAAACACUGUCACCUCUGGUAGCUCUGAGGAUACUGAGAGUGAUGAGUUGGUAAAAUCUGCCAAGAAAGGUGUCACAGCUGCGCCUUUAACAAUAGGUAAGAUGUUCCAGGAAAAGGAAGGGGUAAAAAUGAAACUAGAUGUGAAAGAAGAGAAGAAAGAUGUUAUUUAUCAAAGGAAAAAGAAGAAGAAUCUUUAUGGGCUUGCCCAUGAAAGUGAUUCUGAGAAGGGGAAGGACAGUGUAGCAAAAAUGGGGGAUGCAGGUGGCAGUAAGAAAUCACAGUUUCUAGAUAAGGAGUUACCAAAAAUAAAUUUUGAAAAUUCAAGGAAGGGCUUCACUAGUUUGGAGAAAUCUGCUAAAACGGGCUCUAGAAGUCAGUCACUAUUGAAGACAAAGGAUAAGGAACUGCAAGAGAAUAAAGGGCUAAGGAUAAAAUCAGGAGAGGAUAAGGGAGAUGACAGGGAUGGGCAUGGAAAUUUCUCCCUACAUGAGAAGCGUGCUAAGGUGGUUAAAAAUGGAAUUGGAAGUAGUAAAUACAAUUCACAGGGAAAGAAGGAUGACUUUGCAAAAAGAAAACUGGAGAAACUGGAGAAAGAAGGUGGCUCUGAUGCAAAUUCUGAUUCAGACAAACAGUUUUCUGCUAAAAUUGUUAGACAUUGUGUAAAGGGUGUCCCAAAGGAUACUUUAUUGAAAAGAAAUCAGAAAUUACAGGAUAAGAUAAAAAUUGAAGAUGGAGAGGGAUGGAAAGAUGAUUGUAAUUACUCAGAGGAUGAGGAGGGUCAAGGAAAUGGUGCAGCUGGCAGGAAGAGGCCACGGUUAGAGGGGGUAAAGGAAAUGGCACAGAAUGGUGAGAAUGCUGAUUUUCUUGAUGACUCAGGGAAGAAAGGUGGUGCUAGUUCAGUUAAAUCUCCUGGAAAGAGUGUCGGAGCUGGAUAUAUGGUGAACAGCAAAAAUAAGAAGUUGCAAAAGAAUAAACCUAUCAAGGUAGAAAAGGCACAGAGUGGAAAUGUAGCAAAUUAUAACAAUGAAGAAGAUUCAGGCUCUAGCUUUAGACCUGAGAAAAGGAUGAAAGAAGAUGGUAGGAUAGACUUGUUCCAGAAAAGGAGGAAUGACAGCAAGUCAUCAACUUCAAUGAGCGAAGGCCAUAAGGAAUGUGGUUUUCUUAAUGAGUCAACAGGUAAAGGUAAUCUUAAGAAAGAAAAGCUUGGUGGAGUAAAAUCAAAAGUCGAUCUGAGGAGGAAGCACUUCAGUAAUGAUGAUCCGUAUGACAAUUGCCAGAUGUGCCAUCAGUGCAUGAAGAGUGAUAGAAAAGUUGUUCGUUGUCGCAAUAAAUGCCUCAAACGCUAUUGUAUUCCCUGUAUUACAACAUGGUAUCCUCAACUGACAGAGGAAUCGAUAGCAGAAAAUUGCCCAUUUUGUCGUGGAAACUGCAAUUGCAAGGAUUGUUUACGUCGACCUACUACAUAUAAGGGUUGCGAAUAUGUAGGAGUACCAAAAGAUAACAAUGAAAAAAGAAGCCGUCUUAAGUAUCUUGUAAAUGUACUCUAUCCGUUUAUAAGAAAGUUUGAUCAUGAUCAAAUGGCUGAAAAGGAGAUAGAGGCCAAGAUUCAAGGGGUGUCAUUGUCUGAGCUAAAGAUAUCACAAGAACAUCAUUAUGAGGAUGAGCGUAUCUACUGCGACAAUUGCAGUACCUCCAUCGUUGAUCUCCAUAGAAACUGUCCUAUUUGCUCAUAUGAUCUCUGCCUGUCCUGUUGCCGUGAAAUUCGAGAAGGUUGCUUGCAAGGAGGUAACGAAGAGGUCAUGGUUCAAUAUCUUGAUAGGGAGAAACCAUAUUUGCAUGGAGACAUCUCACACUCGCAUGUAAGAGGUUCUUCAGAGCUAUGCAAUGAUUCAGCAGCUGAGGAUCAGGCCAGCAAGCUUCCAAAGUGGAAAGCAAGGGAAAAUGGCGAAAUCCCUUGUCCACCAAACGGAAGGGGAGGUUGUGGACAUGAUAGGCUAGAGCUUAAGCAUUUUUUUGCUGAAAACUGGGCUUCUGAUACAAUGAAGAGAGUAGAAAACUUAGUUGAAAUCAAUGCCUUUUCCAAUGAGACUCAAGUUCCUAAGGAGCAGUGUCCCUGUUUCAGAUUUGACACUGAUCAUGGUGCUAAAAAUAUUAGGAAAUCUGCUUCAAGAGAAGAUUCUAGUGAUAACUAUUUGUAUUGCCCAUCAGCAAGUGACAUCGAGAAUGGUGACCUUGAGCACUUUCAGAGACAUUGGAUCAUGGGAGAGCCUGUGAUAGUUAGAGAUGUUCUUGAAUCUACAUCUGGUCUAAGUUGGGAACCUAUGGUCAUGUGGCGUGCUUUUCGCAAAAUAAGCAUCAAGGAAGGUACAUCAGAUUUGGAAGUGACAGCAAUCGAUUGCCUUGAUUGGUGUGAGGUAGGUAUUAAUAUUCACAAAUUUUUUACGGGGUAUGCUGAAGGUCGGAAACAUAACAAUCAAUGGCCUGAAAUGCUUAAGCUGAAGGACUGGCCCCCAUCUACUUUAUUCAAGGAGCGGUUGCCACGCCAUGAUGUAGAAUUCAUUAGAGCCUUGCCAUACAAGGAGUACACUCAUCCUCAUUCUGGUGUUCUUAAUGUUGCAACAAAAUUACCAAAGGGAGUGUUGAAACCAGACUUGGGACCUAAAACAUAUAUUGCAUAUGGGUUUGCGGAAGAGCUUGGGCGUGGAGAUUCUGUGACAAAGCUCCAUUGUGACAUGUCAGAUGCGGUAAAUGUUUUGAUGCAUACUACUGAAGUGCGUUUAGAGGCGUCUCAGCUUUCUAAAAUUGGAAAGUUGAAGAAAACAUAUCAUGCUAGUGAUCUAAAACAGUUGGUCACUGUUGGUGGAGAUGAACAAGGAGUUGAGAACCCAGCUCAGCUGCCUGCACAUAACUUCAAGUCUGAGUCAUCCAAGAACGGGCCAACUGAUGAAGUUAGCAGUGGUAUGGUGAAUGUAUCUGAAAAGGACAGUGUGCAGGAUGCUGUGUCUUCAGAUGCUAGAAAUGAGGCAGAUGACACUGCUGAUGCCUUAGGAGUGAAAGCUGAUAACACUGCUGAACUACUGACGGAUAACAAAUCUGUGCAAGAUGAAAAGGAAUGUCAAUCAAAUGUGAAUGAUGUCAUUCUUUCUGACAUGAAUGUGCAGCAGGCGGGCGAGCUAUCUUCUGAUCAGAAUAUUUCAUCUGAAGAGAAACCAAAUGGGCUAGAUUUAUCAGAUGGAGGUGCAGUCUGGGAUAUUUUCCGGCGACAAGAUGUUAACAAGCUUGAGGAAUAUCUUAGAAAGCACCAUAAGGAAUUUAGGCAUACACAUUGUUUGCCUGUGAAGAAGGUUGUUCACCCAAUUCAUGAUCAAGUUUUCUACUUGAGCUCAUACCAUAUGAAGAAGCUCAAAGAGGAGUUUGGUGUUGAACCUUGGAGAUUUGUCCAGAAAGUUGGAGAGGCAGUUCUCAUUCCUGCUGGAUGUCCUCACCAAGUCAGGAAUAUUAAGUCCUGUAUAAAGGUUGCACUAGAUUUUGUUUCACCUGAAAAUGUGGGUGAAUGCAUUCGCUUGACUGAGGAGUCUCGUCUUCUUCCCCAAAAGCACAUAGCUAAGGAAGACAAAUUGGAGGUGAGGAAGAUGACUAUACAUGCAAUCGAAAAUGCUGUGGCUGAACUGGAGAGUCUAGAAAUUUUCAGGAAUUGCAAGGAUGAGGUUCAGCAAUCAGAUGUGGAUUCUACACCUCCUCAUGAGUCAUGAUUGAGCUCCUCUCUCGCCAAAGCAUCGUGUGCUGGUGCUUCUCAACCAAGUUACAGGCAACCAACCGUGAACCAUCUGCUCCAGA